AUGAAGAUCUCCGCCUACAUCAUCGUGCCUUUUCUGAUCCCUGUUGUUUUGUCGGCACCUCUUGCCAGCAACGAUUUUGGUAUCUACAAGCGCUUUCCGCAACUGGCCUAUCGAUCCAAGAUCCUCCAAAGAGCGCCGAACUCGGACGUCGCAGAUGUUCCAGAAUCCGGGGUGAUGAAGAAACUAUUCCUCGAAGCACCUGUGAUCGAAAGGCUUGAUCCCCAAAUUCGCAAAGCUAUAGAAGACAUGCCGGAUCCUGUGUUCGAUAAGCUGAGUACCCUCGCAGGCGACCAAUUCCUGGCUUACUUGGACGAGCUUCUGGCUGGAAAGGUCCCCAGCUAA